AAAGAGGCAGCAAAACAGCACAAGCAACACGAAGCGAUGGUGCGAACAAUAAAGGACACACUUGCAAACCUGUUUUUCAUGUUGAUUAUUUCCAUUAUAUGUUUCGCCAACAGAGACAAUCGGUCAUUUCAACAUUAUACACGGACUGUUAACACAAUAGUGGAGCCUUUUAAACUUCCUUAUUUCAAAUCAAUAAUAAGACCAGGAGAUGUAUUUACCUGGUUAAAGUCUUCUGCAAUUCCUUCCCUCUUUCCCGAAUACAACAUAAUUGGCGAACCGCUUCACUGGACGGAGAAACAGUUUACUACAGGACUCAAUGAUCUUCGUCUAGGACCACCUAGAUUGCGCCAGGUUCGAACUACAAACGGGUCCUGCGAUUUGCCAUACAUCGGCAAGGUUGUGUGCUAUGGAAAGUACUCAAUUACAGGCGAGGAUGAGGAUAACUAUUGUUUGGGAUGGCAGUCUCAGCCUUGUCCGAAAGCGGAUUAUGUUUACAACGUUUCAACAGAUGCGUGGAAUUUUCAGUCAGCAUUUGAUAUUUGGGGACUGCCUAUACCUGGACUGUACACAACCUAUGGUGGUGGAGGAUUUAUCGCAACACUAGAUGUUGGUCGUAGCAAUUCAUUAGCUAUAGUGGAUGAACUAUUUAGAAACUUAUGGAUUGACCGUCAGACAAGAGCAGUAAUGUUUGAAUUCACCUUGUAUAACGGUGCUACAAAUAUAUUUAUUUACCAUGUGUUUCUAAUAGAAUUUCCUGAGACAGGAGGUGCGUUCACAUCGUUUUCUGUAUAUCCAUUACGAGUAUACACCCACUUAGGAGCCAUUGGAACACUCACCAUCAUAUGUGAAAUAAUUUUUGUGAUUUAUUUGAUCGUUUUACUGGUCAAGAUAUGCGUAAGGAUUUAUCAACAAAGAUGCGGCUACUUCAAUCUGUUCUGGCAAAACUUUGAGAUAACCAUGUUUAUAACUGGAACAGCAAGUAUUGUAAUAUAUGUAUUCCGACUUUUGAUGACACACAGUACAAUCGACAAGUUUAAGGCGGACAAAAGACUUUUCGUAGAUUUUAGUCACAUAGUGCUGUGGGAUCAAAUACUUGUAUCACUGCUGGCAAUUUUAGUUUUUAUGGCAACAUUGAGGUUGUUAGAGGUAUUUGCAACAUCAAAGAAAGUCAGUGCUGUUGUGUAUGUAUUUAAAGACUGCGGCAAAGAUCUGUUCUGGUAUGGGAUGACAUUCUUGUACAUUUUCAUGGCAUUUUGUUUUCUUGGAAUGCUAUUAUUUGGGUCUCAGCUGGAGUCGUACAAGAGCAUGUAUCAGUGUAUGGGCACAUUGUUUAUUGCCAUGAUCGGGAAGAGUAAGUUUACUGAGAUUAAUGAAACGCAGCCAAUUUUGGCGAAAGUUUUCUUCAUUUUCUACAUUCUUACCAUUGUCUUUUUCAUUUUGACUAUAUUCUUGGCUAUUCUUGGGGCAAGCAUUGACACUGUUGUGCAAGGUGAUCGCGGGGACAAAAAUGAAGAUAUCAUUGAGAUAAUGAUGAAGAGAUUUAAGUUACUUAUUGCCAAGCCCUCAUCUAAGCAAAAAACGCACACGAAAGUUAAAAAACAUAACAAAGUGGUAAGCAGUGAAUAAAGAAUGGGGCAGCAAAGAUUAACUGUCCAAGCCUUCUUCAUAGCAAAGCUCGCACAUGAAAUGUACAAUCAUAAUAAACUCUAAAGCAAUCAAUGAAGACUUUGAAGCGAGUUUAUAUCAAGACAUUUUACUUACUCAGGUACCUUCGUAGUUUUGAAAUCAGCAUUUAAAUAGCCCAUACCAUCAAAUGUGCUUUGCGAGCGUAAUGUCCCUUUGAAAAAAUGUUCGCGUCUCAUUAUUAUAUGGAAAGUCUAUUAUCGUUUAUAUAAGCUGUCUUGCAUGGUAUGCGUUUGUAAUACAGACCGUACACAUAUUUUAAAGACUCUGCUUCAGAAACGGUAUUAUUAAAUUUAAAGGUUUAGAAUAUGUAUUAUUUUCAUUCUGAGUCUUACAUCGUAAAUAGACAUAUUAAACGUACGUAAUAUGUUUUUGAAUAACUUACAUCAAGAAAAUCCUACAGACAGAAAUGUUAUUUCAGGAUAUAGACUAUAUUCACACAAUUUAAAUAUUGAAUCUGGUCGCCGAUGUAAUACUAAGCAAAUCGUCUGUUUUGCUUAAUUUUUAAAUUUUAAAGGAUAAAGAGGGUGAAUGUCUAUUUGCACAAAACCGGAAGAAAAUUUAUUCUAAGAUUUUAUCAUUUUUCUUAUAUUAGAUUUAAAUUAUUAGAACUGAUUCUCUUAGAGUACAGGAAAUUAUCUUUUAAAUAUAUUGUAUAAUUAUAAAGUAAUAUAGAUUGAGAACUGAUAAUUUAAAUAAAUGUUGGUUUCAUUUUGCUUUGUCUUAUUGUAAAAAUAUGUUUGCCGAUGUUAAAUCUUGUGUUCCAAUUUAUAUACUUUUUAAUUUUGAUUUUAUAAUUAAUUUUGUUUCAUAAAUAUUUUGAUAUGAUGAUGAGCCGUACGUAUUCUUAAAUCUUAGAUAAAUUUCUGUUCUGUUCUUUUUAUUGUACAACUACUACAUUGAUAAUUUUGCUGUGAGAGUGUUCUCAUUACUUUUACGUUUAAAUUGAAGUU